AUGGCAAAUCAGGUUUCCUGGCGUUCCAUCAAUCAGCAGCUGGAAAACCCACCAAAGUUUGGCAAACCCCCCAAGGACCACUGCGACCCCUUCUUGCCUGAAAGCAGGGUGCAUACCCUGGUUCAAAGAAAGCAUGUUGAGUCAACAUUGAGAGCGAAAAUACCCGCCAUCACUCACAGUGACCUCAAGAAAUUGACCAACUAUGUCAUGAACAAAGCAAACAAGGUUUUCUUGACACUUGUCCGCUCAGAAGCCGUUCCGGGGAACUUGGAACUCUUCCAAUCGCAUGGGUUCACAGAUGCAGACCUACCGAUUGGAUUGAACGGCGAGAAUGGUAACGGAAUCUGCAGCGUAGGGUUAGACGGAAAGCCGAAAAAUCCGAAUGGACAGUCUCUGAAUCUUUUCGAUGACUUGUCCGACGCGACUAUAGAGACCUUCUUUCAACGCCAGUGGAUCUUCUUAGCGCCUACCUUUCGAAAGGAUCAAUUCGAGUACAAGUUCGACCAUCACUGUUCACUUCCAUUCGUCGAUAUCCAAGACAAGGAUCCACAUAAAGGUGGCUUUGGCGCAGUCCGCAGACUCGGCUUGCAAAUCGAAUACACGGACUUCCUGACUUUCGAUAAGACAGACAAAAAUGCAAAGCCGUAUGUUGAGGUUGCUGUGAAACUUCUUACUUCUACGCCUGCAGUGGACGUGAAGAAGUUCUACCGAAAAGAGAUGGAAACACUCGAGGUGAUGAGGAGUCUGAACGACGACCACCUGAUUCAAGCCAUUGCCGUGUACAAGAAAGGAAAUCAGAAAUGUUUCGUCUUUCCGUGGGCUAAAGGAGGUAGCCUCCAGGACUUUUGGGGGAAAGAUCGAACCAAACUCAGCAGGGGGUUGGUUGCGUGGGCCAUUGCGCAGAUGUACGGAAUUUCGAAGGCUAUUGGAAAGCUUCACGGAUCAAGUGAAAAAGGCAUCCGACAUGGAGACAUCAAACCCCUGAACAUUCUUCACUUCCAUGAGUCUCGAAACGGAUCAUAUUGGGGAACUCUGGUGGUUGCUGACGUUGGGCUCGCAAAACUCCACCAAGACUACACCGACCUUCGAGAAGGGACAACCACCAAACAUGGAACCACCAUGUACGAACCGCCUGAAAUGGUGAAUUUCGCCGUUAAUACUACGACAAUUUCCCGCAAGUACGACGUAUGGAGUUUGGGUUGCGUUUUCCUCGAGUUCACUACCUGGCUGCUUUACGGGAAGGCUGGACUUGAUCAAUUCUACGGAGACCUCACAGCUUCGAAGACAUAUAGGUUCUGGAUAGAAAGUCGAAGAGGCCCAAUACUUCAUCCCGUUGUGGAAUCGCUGAUCGAACGGAUCAAGAACGACGUCAAGCAGAACAGCGCUCUUUGGAGAUUGGUGGAGCUCGUGUCUUCGUGGCUUCUUAUCGGGAUCGAUAAAGAUCGCCGCAUGGCUGGGCAGCCCACCAAGUACACAGGCCGUGCGACUGCCCUUGAGCUUGUCGAAGAGCUUAGAGAUAUUCGUAACAUAGGCUCGAAUAAUGGUUCGUACUACUUCGAUUCUGAUAUGGAGACGAUAGCCGAGCAACGACCGGACCCUAACUUGAACAUUGCAACCGACCAGGCGGUCGCGCCGCGUUCUGAACAAUAA